CCUUCCUCCUCCUCCUCCUCCACCCCCCCCUUCCUCCUCCGCCCGCCCGCGGGGCCCCCCUCGCCUUCCCGCCCGCCCCUAUUGUUCCGCCCCCGGCCUCCCGCCCUUCCCCUUCCCGCCCGCUCCCCUUUUCCCCUCAGUCGCCUCGCGCCUGCAGUUUUUGGCUUCACCCCCACCAGUGACCAAAGACUUGACCACUCAAAGUCCAGCUCCCCAGAACACUGCUCGACAUGGACACCGGUGUGAUUGAAGGUGGAUUAAAUGUCACUCUCACCAUCCGGCUACUUAUGCAUGGAAAGGAAGUUGGCAGUAUCAUCGGAAAGAAAGGAGAAUCAGUUAAGAAGAUGCGUGAGGAGAGUGGUGCACGUAUCAACAUCUCAGAAGGGAAUUGUCCUGAGAGAAUUAUCACUUUGGCUGGACCCACUAAUGCCAUCUUCAAAGCCUUUGCUAUGAUCAUUGACAAACUGGAAGAGGACAUCAGCAGCUCUAUGACCAAUAGCACAGCUGCCAGUAGACCCCCAGUAACCCUGAGGCUGGUGGUCCCUGCUAGUCAGUGUGGCUCUCUCAUUGGGAAAGGUGGUUGCAAGAUCAAGGAAAUACGAGAGAGUACAGGGGCUCAGGUCCAGGUGGCAGGGGAUAUGCUCCCCAACUCAACUGAGCGGGCCAUCACUAUUGCUGGCAUUCCGCAAUCCAUCAUUGAGUGUGUGAAACAGAUCUGCGUGGUCAUGUUGGAGACUCUCUCCCAGUCCCCCCCGAAGGGCGUGACCAUCCCGUACCGGCCCAAGCCGUCCAGUUCUCCAGUCAUCUUUGCAGGUGGUCAGGACAGGUACAGCACAGGCAGCGACAGUGCGAGCUUUCCCCACACCACCCCGUCCAUGUGCCUCAACCCUGACCUGGAGGGACCACCUCUAGAGGCCUAUACCAUUCAAGGACAGUAUGCCAUUCCACAGCCAGAUUUGACCAAGCUGCACCAGUUGGCAAUGCAACAGUCUCAUUUUCCCAUGACGCAUGGCAACACCGGAUUCAGUGGCAUUGAAUCCAGCUCUCCAGAGGUGAAAGGCUAUUGGGCAGGUUUGGAUGCAUCUGCUCAGACUACUUCUCAUGAACUCACCAUUCCAAACGAUUUGAUUGGCUGCAUAAUCGGGCGCCAAGGCGCCAAAAUCAAUGAGAUCCGUCAGAUGUCUGGGGCGCAGAUCAAAAUUGCGAACCCAGUGGAAGGAUCUACUGAUAGGCAGGUUACCAUCACUGGAUCUGCUGCCAGCAUUAGCCUGGCUCAAUAUCUAAUCAAUGUCAGUUUAGAAAACGCUAAACCCUCCUCCCAGGCAGCCUCCGUCACGAUCCCUGAUCACCUCAGCAUCAACCUCUCUCAACCCUCCACCCCUUCUUCUUCUUCUUCCUCCUCCACCACCACCCCCUCGCUCGCCACAGCGGGGACCUCCGACGCACCCUCCAGCCUCCCCAACCCUCUUCCGACCGCCCCUUGUGUCUCCAGUCUGCUUGGCAUGAAACCCAUCCCUCUCCUGGCUCUAAAUGUUGUGUCUGCUGCUAAGGGUACCGGGGCUUCAGCUACCACCACCACCACCUCUGCCGUGCCAUGUGUAACUAACAAACUGAAAGGCGAGAAACAGAGAUUCUCCCCCUACUGAUUGAAUAUCUUGAGGCACCCCCUCAAGUAUUCCUUGGUUUAUUUUGUUUUUCUUUGUUAACAUUGGUGAGAACCAAACAAUUGUGAGCUUGUGACCGUUUCCUUUUUACUAUUUUGGGAAUAACAGGGUGGGGGUGGGGGCAAUGGUAACCUGGGGCUAGGUUUAGGCCAUUUCAUCGGAGUGCCUGUUUCAGAGUCUGACUUGUUGAAUUCUUUAUCUAGAGCCACAGUUCUUGCUCUUCUUUUUCAUUCUGUUACUUUUUUGUAGCUUUAUUCUGCAUUGCAAUAUAACAAUGUGUUAGGCUCUGUGUUAAUGAAUAAAAGCUUCUCCGUUAACUUUUUUUUUUUUAAAUUAUUUAAUGGUUAUCAGCAGGCCUUCUUGGCCAGAUUUGUGUUUCUAGCUGUAAUAAAGUUGCCACAGUAAGAACUUUAGUUGAUUGUGUGCUGUGAAGGGUAAAGGGGUGGGGAGCUUGUGACCUGUGGCUACUCAAUUUAGGGAUUGUGUAAAACUGACUCGGGCUUGUUUGUAUCCCUGGUUAAUUUAGUUGUCGUCCUUUGUCAUUCCCCACAAAAGGAGAUGGGCCUGCAGCAGAUUAAAUCCUGAAGGUCUUCCAUAAUUGCCAUUAAGAUUCUUUAGUGAGAACAGUUUCUCUGACUUCUAAAAUCCCUUACCUUGCCAAUAGCAGGUAACAAGGGUGUCCAUCCCAGGCUUGUUUCCUCUGGUUAGUGGUUACUUUGAGGAUCUUUUACAGAACAUACAUAUAAAGAAGUUACUUCUUUACCUAGAAUGAGGAGGCAAGUUGGGAAAAGUCCAAUAAAGUUUGCUGGCUUUUGUCUGCGUUCCUCUGAAUGAGAAUUAACCCCUCUUCCUCUGACACUGGGUAGAUCUUGAACAAGCAACUGUAACAUCAUCCAGAAUUUGACAGGAUUCUCCAGUCCUCCUAAACCAACCCUGAUUAAGUCCCUUUACACUUCCUUCUAUUCCCUGCCCACCCUUCUGUCUCCCACCAGCCCUGUCAUGAAUUGAGAAUUCUAAACUUGGAACCUUUAAGGUCAGCUAUAACUCAGCAAUCCAUUCCCUUAUCAGAUUAAAAAAAAACAAAA